AGCCUUGGCUCAAGAAGGCUGUGGUGAGCGACCGCUUUCCAUCGCAAAGAAAGCGACUGUACAGAGGAGAGUGAACGUGGAGGAGAGGAUCGGGUUGUGUCGUAUUUCUUCGACCCACUGCCGCUGCCGCUCGAAUAUGUCAACCGAAAGACAGCUGAGCAGCAAGAUGCCCCCAAAGGCGUCUUCGUCUGCCAGCAAGACUGUCACCAAAAAUUCAUUGGACCAGCUGGAGAUCAAAUUGCAGUCAGAUGUCGACUGGUUGACGAACCAACUGGUGCCGAAGCUGAAAGCGUCCACGGCCAAGAAGGCUCCGUACACCUUUGUGAACAACUCAGUGAACGCAUUGGGAUCGAAGCUUUCAAUGCAAGAGGCAGAGGCGAUGCAAAAGACACUCAAGGACAUGCUCACCAAGAGAAAGAAAGCCGAACAAGAGGCGGAGAAGAAAAGACUCCAAGAAGAGGAGAAGAAGAAAAAGGAAGAACUUCCGGAGCAGGAAAUUCCUGAUGAUGAGUUCUUCAAGCAGUACAUGUAAGUACCUGCUCAGAGUCCGUUGUCAGCUGCUUACUACAAGAGGCGAACUCCCUCUUUGGGAAUGCUGCCCUCUGGACGAUUGACAAAUCGUUGUUGAUUUGUCGGCUGAGAGAAUAGAAGUGUGCGCAGAGCUCCGUCACAUCACUUCUUC